AUUUGUCGCAACUAGAAGUUCUGACGGAGAGGGAAAAACAGUGAUGUCACUGUGGAGCCAUCACACGGAACCGGGCAGCCUCAACCCGCCGGGGAGGACGGCGACUUUGUGAAGUGCCACUUGGACCAUGUCACCAGACGCGUCACAGAGAUGCAGACGCAUGAAGUCAUCCCUCCUCCUAACCAGCCUCCGCCCAAAUCACCUGAUCACGGUGAUGACGGCCUGCUGCUGGCAGAUGGAAGGCUUCUCGGGCUGCAGGACGACGUCUCAAAAAUCAAAUCGGACCUGGAGAACGCCCACGGGUGUAUAACACUUUUACUGACCCAAGUGGCCGAGAGAGACAAAGAGAUCGAUAAUCUCAAUCAUGCGCUUCGUGGACCCCGCCAUGUCGUCUCUUUGGAGGAUCAGAACAAAAGCAAUAAGAAACUCAUCGCCUUUCUUAACAUUCAGAUCGAGGCCCUGCAAGAGAGCAACAAGAACCUGGAGCACAAGCUGAAGGGACUGCAGCACAAGUCCUCCACCGAAGUGGCCAACCUGUCCAUGAAGAACAACGAACUGUGUCGAGAGCUGGUGCAAAAGAAAAUGAUCAUGAAGCAAACCAAGAUGGACAAAAAACGAGUUCUGGAUAUCGCCUACCGGAACUUGUCCGCUUCCAAAGAAGUCAUUAUAAGUCAACAGGAAGUUAUUAAAGAUUUGGAAGAUAACCUUGUAAAAAUAAGAGCGGAACUUCCAGAGACGGGUUCGAGUCGUUUAAUGGCACUGGAUCGGAUUGUUGACCUGGAAAAUGCCGUCCAGAAUAAACUCGCCGUUCGACUUCUGCGUGCGUGUGUUCUGUUGAAGCUGAAGCGGGAGAAACUCGAGCUGCGUUCACAGCUGCAGACGCUGAGAGACAGCAUGUGGGAUGCCGAGCGGCGGUGGGACUUUCAACCCGCCGAGCGGCUUCAGAGUGCGGAGACGGCCGCGGUGGCCUCACAGCGGGCGACGCCACCUCGCGCUUUAAGUCAACUACAGGCAGCGGCAAAUAGACACGAGAAGGAGCCCGGGGGUGUGUCAAAAGAGCUGGUCGACCCCCAAGAACACAUUGUCAGAGAGAACAGGAGGAUCCAAGAUGACCUGACUGCACAGACUAGAGACAAGCAAUCCACACGCACUGGGAUGGAGGAGGUUUUGCGCGAGCGCGACGAGCUCAAACUAAGCGUGAGCGCUUACAUCAAUGCGCUUUACAGGAUCGACGACCUGCUGAGGACGAAGGAUCAGGAGAAUUUCAAGCUGGUGGAGCACUUGCAAGCGGCCCACGCCGAGCUGCAGAAGCGGGAGCGGGGGCUGCAGCAAUGGAAGGACCUCUUCACUGCCAUCGGCGUGGAGCUACGCAAAGCCCAGGAAGGGCAGGCGGCGCUCCUCGCCGACCUGGCCUGCGUCCGGGAGCUCUGCGCCAGACUGGACUCGGACAAGGAGCUCACCGCCUGCGAGCUUACGUCCAAGAGCGUGGAGCUUGAUAUGGUUCGCUCGGAGACGGAGCUGCUGAAAAAGCAACUGGAGAGUGAGAAGGCGACCGUGCGCAACCUGGAGACGCUCCUGGCCACCGCGCUUCAGAAGCUCAGCGACCGAGAAGGCAAGCUGAGGGCGCUACGAGACAGGCUCACCCCUGCCAACAGUAUGAUCGGCGACUGCAGCCACGUGAGGGAGGUGGCCAGUCCUCUAGUUCCUCAGCGACAGACAGACGAACGGCCAAACUAGCGCCAGAUCGACCCGGGAACAGCGAGUUACGCAGACGCGAGCUUCAGGGAUUUACUUCCAGUGAAGACCACCACUAGAACAUAAAUAAAGCUCUAGAUCUGCUGACUGGAGCGUACUACAUUAGAGGAACCUCGAGUGGACAUUAAUGAGGCCUUUAACGGUCUACAUUGUCAGUAAGGAUCAUACAGCUUCUUGGAAAAGGCGCCAGUGACUCUGUUGUAAAAUGGGACUAGUUGCUGGAAACAGAAGUUGAUUUCCUGAGCACUGGCAACCUCAUCUUAUUUACCACAAGACAAUCAAAAUGA